AUUCAUCCUUCCUCACAAGCAACACACCAUGGUACGUCGGUGAACGUCGUAGAGUGGGAUUGUGACCAUGCCACCGAUGGCUUCUUUCGCAUCAGCUGACGUCUCUUCGGCCUCGCGGUCGCGCUCGAGGGCCGAAGUUCUGCGAGCAGAGAUCAGCGAUGUGGCCGUGCUGGGGACGCUGCUGCGACCCAUAGCCUUUGCAGCCGUGGCCACCUUCUCGGUCAGCGAGGCAGGACUGCAAGUCACAACAGAGGCAGAUCGCUCCGUACAGGCCAUUGCGUACGCAUCACAGGCCAUCUUCUCCCGCUUCUACUUCGAAGCGCCGCCGGACCAGCAGCCCCCCGCGUCCAAUGCAUCAUCUGCUCUUGACGCACCUCCUCCAUCGCUGGACUUCGACCUCAAUCUCCAUACGCUGCUGGAAUGUCUGAACGUCUUUGGAGGAGCUCCUACGGGCAACUCGUUCACCAGCAAACGAGAUCAGCCUAAAGAUCGCUUCGCAAGAGGAGGCAGCCCGCGCUGGAGGGACGAUGAGGAGGAGCCACGAACGGGGGCAUUCAGAGGGCCACACCCAGGCAGGGAGGAAAGCAAGGCAACUUCAAUGAGGAUGAGUUGGCGGGGGACCGGCUACCCGCUCAUCUUGCUACUGGAGGAACAAGAUGUCACAACACGCUGUGAGCUCGCCACUUUUGAACCAGGGUACAAUCUCGGGCUCGUGUACUCGCACGAGGACACCCAGGCUCAAGCCAUCAUGACUUCGGAGUACCUUCUCGACGCUCUGCAGUCAAUCGAUCGGUCGUCCUGCAGCAAAGUCACACUGCUCUUCAGCAACUCCUAUACGAUCUCUCGCGGGCGCAAGAGGCAAGGCAGGACCAGUAGCAGUCAGAGCGUUGGACUGGGCAUGACGUCCUCGGCCGACAGUGCAGGAUUGGGUCAACCGAUAUUCAAGAUCUCUUCCGAUGGCGACUUUGGUACUGCCGAGACCGAAUUCCCCAAUGAUGUCUCCGUUCUUGAAAAGUUCACCUGCGCAAAAGAGACGAUAAAUUCGUACCGCUGGUCCCACUUCUCCCGUCUACUCAAAGCUCUGCACUACUCUAUCAGAGCCUCCAUACGUGUCAGUGAUGCGGGCCUGCUGUGUAUCCAGCUAAUGAUGCCAAAGGGCACAGGUCAGACGAGUGGGCCAGUCAGCAAGGGUGGGGCUGCUGGCGGAGCAGGGCAAGCAGCAGGCAAGGGUCAGAAGGAUCUAGCUAGUGCGGUACAAGGGCAUGGCUUUCUCGAAUUUCUGAUCGCACCUCUCGACUUAGACGAAGGGUCAGUAGAACGCGAGGAAGAGGAGAGCAGAGAAGAGGAAGACGCAGAAGACAGAGACGAGACAAGCCUCGAAGACUCCACCAGACAAGGAUCUCAACUGGGCAAGCGUAGUCGGGAUGUGGGCGAUGAGACAAGCUUUGACGAGGAUGGUCUGUCAGAUUGACACAAUGACAGACGCUGUUCGGUAUGCACAUGUAAAUUCAAUUGUAACAACAGGAAAGCGACAUGAGGGGCGUGAACACGAUGCCAAUGCGUACGGGAAGGUAGAGCGAGUGCUGGGUAAGGGUGAUCUCCAAAACUUGCAAAACAGAUGUUUCAUCUCACGAGUCAUCCAC